AUGGGGCUUAAGAUCGGUGUCGACAACACAGUUAAGAUUAAUGAAACCGCUCGGAUUCUGGUUGAGUUCUUGGAGGUGGCAAUCACAUCAAUCGUUUUCCUCAAAGGAAUUUAUCCUACAGGCGCUUUUGAGAGAAGGAAGUAUAUGAAUUUGGUUGUUCAUAAAGCUCGGCACCCUGAGCUCAGAGAUUAUAUCCAUUCUGCUAUCUCAAGACUUCUUCCUUUUAUCAAAAAGGUUUUUUGCAAUGGAUCUCCCUGA